AUGCACGAGGAACCUACUUACAAUCCGGAGUCCCCCUUGGGGAAGCUCACAAUCUGCUACAAACACAAGCUAGAGAAUUGUGCGGGCAUGACUGUUGUGGGCUUGAUCAUCGAAUACCCUCCAAAUGGCGCCACACCACCUCAUCGCCAUGGAGGCGCCGCCGUGUCUGCCUAUGUUCUUCGGGGCGCUAUUCUGAACAAAAUGAACGAAGAUCCGAUAGAGCUAAUCGAGCAAGGCGACUUGUGGCAUGAGCCUCCAGGCUGUCACCAUCGUAUCAGUGCCAAUGCUAGUCAGACUGAAGCCGCCUCGUUUUUUGUCACCAUAGUGAUUGAAACAGACAAGUUGGGGAGGGAGGGUGUGUCUGUGCUGUUGCAGUAUGAUGAGGAGUACAAAGACAUUGUGGCGCGAAAGAUGCAGGGUUUGAAGUGA